AUGGCCUACGACGAGAAACAAAUAUAUUUUUGGUUUUUUGGUCUUAACUAUGCAGAUUUCUAUAGUAACUUACACCUUGACUCAUUGCUCGAGUUCAUCGGCUUUGUAGGGCUAAUAAUUACUAUCAGUCUGGAUGUUGCCUUGAUCUUGAUGUGUGGUCGGCUUCGCUCGCGGGGCGUUCUAUGGCUUGAUGAUCUGGCGUUGUUAUUCUCUCUCGCCCAUGCAUCGUCUAACCACAUGGCGACUUGUCGUACCAAUUGCGUUGUCACCUUCCCCGUCCUGUCUGAUUUCUUUGGCGAUUGUGUGCGCAGAUCCAUAAAGGCUGCAGGACAUCGAAACAGUUUCACGAGCAAGAAAGCCAUGUCAGAAAACGCUUGCUCGAAAGGAAAUUUCACCUUUUGCAAAAGCAGCAAGGUCAUCUUGAAGGCUGUCGGUUACGUCUACCAUGGCGUCUGCAAAGUUUACCAGCUUUUCCGAACGGACUUUGGCUUGCGCAAUCUUGAAGCUAUGAUCAUCGUCGGUGUCAUAGUAGUCCGUUACGUCAGUCCAGAAAGUAUCCUGAGUGCUCUCGAAUCUCCUAAAGAAAGAAACAAUGUGCAAAAGUAAUAUGAUUUUGAGGUGGCUGCUGAAAUCGCUGCAGCGCUGCAUAUAGGCCAUUCUCAUCUAGACUUUUCUCUUUGCUUUGGAUUGCGAAUGAGCGACAGAAACCGCUGAUAUAAAAGAAAAAACAUCACCCUCGAAACCUAGCUGAUGUUCGGCGUUCGAUAUCUGUAUUC